AUGUCCUCUCCAUCUCAACAAUCUAUCAAAGGGAAAGGAAAGACAAACCUACGACCAUCAAAAGCUCUGGGGUCAGAAUUUGAUGAAAAACCAUUAUGGAAUCAUGUAAAGGUUCUUAGCCUACCAGUACGUGGAGGUGGAAACAGAACCUGGUCUUGCAAUUACUACAACAAAAAGGUUACUGGAUCCUAUUCAAUAGUGAAGGGUCAUUUAUUGAAGAUUCCUAAUCAAGGGGUUGAAGCUUGCAAGUCUAUAAAUAAUGAUGAAUUUCAGGCAUUAAAGAAGGAACAUGGCCAUUCUGAAAGCAAAAAAGCUCAAGAAGAAUUGAAUGUGAGAAAGAAGGAAGAUUAUUUGUCCUUGCCUGAAGGAUCAGAUUUGUUGCAAUGCAAAAAAAGAAGGGCAUCAGCUCCAGGAGUGCUGGAAAAUGCAUUUAAUGUAACACAAAGAGAUGUGGCAGAUAAGCAAGCUGCUCGCAUGUUCUAUGCGUCUGGUUUAUCCUUCAACUUGGCAAGGUGCCCUCACUUCAGAAAAUAUUCACUCACAUUAGCCAACAGCAAGUUAUCAGGCUAUACUCCUCCAACAUUCGAUAGAUUACGAACAACAUUGCUAGCCCAAGAGAAAGCACAUGUGAAUCGCAAGCUCCAACCGAUAAAAGAUACUUGGAAAAAGAAAGCCAUGUCCCUUUGUUCUGAUGGGUGGUCGGAUAGACAACGAAGGCCACUGAUAAACAUAAUGGCUGCAUCAGUAGGUGGUGCAAUGUUCUUAAAGGCAGUUGAUGCAAGUGGCAACAUAAAGGAUGCUGAUUAUGUAGCAAAUCUGUUCAAACCCGUGAUCCAAGAAGUGGGUUCACAAAAUGUUGUUCAAGUGAUUACUGAUAAUGGAAGUAACUUCAAAGCUGCCCGGGCCAUAAUUGAAGGUAUAUAUCCUCACAUAUUUUGGACUCCAUGUGUUGUGCAUUGCCUAAAUUUAGCUUUAAAAAGUAUUUGUGAACCAUCUGAAAACUCACCUCAAUUUGCUGAAUGUAAAUGGAUUGCUGAUUUGGUGAGUAGUGUGCAAAAUAUAAGAAAUUUCAUUGUUAACCAUGGCAUGGUACUUUCAAUUUUCAACAAUUACUCGGAAUUGGGUUUGCUAAGAGUAGCGGAAACAAGAUUUGCAUCAAGCAUUAUUAUGGCAAAACGCAUGAGGGAAGUGAAUGAUGCACUUGAGAAGAUGGUGAUGGAUCCAAGUUGGAGAAUGCAUCUAAAAUGGGAUGGAAAAUCAGCAAUUAAAAUCAAGGCUAGGGAAGUUAAAAUUUCCAUUGUGAGUGAUAGUUGGUGGGCUGAUUUGGAAUAUCUCUUGGAUUUUACUGAGCCUAUUGUUGAAUUUCUAAGGUUAGCAGACACUGAUGCUCCUGUUCUCCAUUUGAUUUAUGAUAUGUGGGACACAAUGAUUGAGAAAGUUAAAUCUAGAAUAUUUGGACAUGAAAAACAAGAUGUGCUCACUGGCCAAUCUAAUUUCUUUGACGUCAUUCACAAUAUUUUGGAAACACGACGGAAUAAAAGCAACAAUCCACUGCAUUAG